AUGCCUUCCAAGAAGACCAAGGGUGCCAAGGGCAAGUCUGGCGAGGACAAGCCUGCCGAAGCAUUGCCUUAUGCCCGUCCCGUUACCGAGAACUGCGUCAUCAUGGACGGCUUGUCAGGUCCCAUUCUGGCAGCAAGCGCCGUCAAUGACAGUGGCACCAACAUUGAAGCUAUGAUUCGCACGGCAACCGAUGAGGGAUUCUAUCCUCACCUUACACUCUUCUUGCAGUUCCCGGUCGGUACAAAUAAUGAAGAGAGCGGUUCCGGUGUACGCUUCCAUUGCUCACAGUCACAGACGUACAACCCUUCACCGAAUUUCCGGAUUGGAAUUGUAUUCCAUCGCCAGAAGUGGACGCAAACGUUUGAGGACGCGUCUGCGGAACUGCUCAGCAGAUUCCCUGCGCUGCAAGGGGGCCCUGCGACAAUCAUCACCUUCUCAUGCGAUGUGGAUGACAACGACAGAGUCUCGAUCGAAGGCUUGGGUAUGACCUACAUCAACGAUUCGGAGCCCGAGCUUGAGAAGUUCGUGAACGAAACCGGUUCUAUUCAUGGAGUCACUCUAUCCGACUUCAUUCGCCGCAAAACCUUCCAUGUUUUGAUGAUCAGAAAGGGUACAGUGGCUCAUAUCCGGAAGAAAUACAGUUUCGAGAACCUCCCGCAACCCUUCGACUACCCUUACGGCGAUGCUCACAACUUCGAUCCCGAACGCUGCGCCGAGCUUCUGGCUAAGUUUCCGCGGACGAGAGCAUUCAACUCCGUCCACAGUUUCAAGGACGCCAACUUCAUGUUGACCGUCACAACACAAUCGCUACUGCAGGACAACUUGUUUUUGUGGCAGCAGGCUCAACUUGUCGCUGCUGUCAAGCUGCGCGCCUACUUCGUUCACAAUCCUGAUCGCGAGAGUACCUACUUCGUCAUUCUUCCUUUUCCCAAGGAGUUCAUGGAUCAGUUCAGGCCUGCAUGGAAGAGACUCUUGGACGAAAAAGUUUCUCUGCUUGUAUGGGAGAACGAGGACGACGAGAAGCCCUCUGGGUCUUGGCGAUGUAGCUUCAAGACGUACGCAAGCGGCAUCCAGACUCUCGAGCCUCACCCUCGUGGUCAGUCCGAAGCUGUUCUUUCCGUGUCGAUUCCGCCCCCCCAUGAGCCCGGCAGUCGGUGCAACGUCCCUGGUCCUGCAGUUGAAGGCGAAGGUGUGACCGGUCUCACUGAGGCCGUGGCGUCCACCACAAUCAUCGGAAACCCGCCUUCUCUCCGUCGUCUGCCCAAGGUCUCAUUUUUGCCCGGAAAACAUCAACGCUACGAGGAGGCUCUGAAGAGCGGCGCGGGCUAUGGCAAGACCACUGAAAUGGCCAAGACCACACUCGCCAUGGAGUAUAGUCUCGGUCCUGUUUUCUGUACGGCGCCUGCCAAUGUGGCUGUUACCAACUUUGCGGUCCGCAUCGACAAGAUAACCCGUCAAGUUUGCCUGCGAUACAACGACAAUCUUCCCGAGAGCACGCCGCGAGCUCGCCAUCGGAUGGUACUGCGUGGAUACAGGCGAGACCACGAACUUGCCGCGUUCAAAGCUCUGCUGGAAGACCCUCGUCUUGGAGACAUGGCUGCUCCUCGCUUUCAAGAUCGCGCGGUGCCCUGGUGCCUCGAGUUGUCCGUGGCCUUUUGGCUCUUGGUGCUCUUGCGUUCCCCUGCUGUCCGAGACCUUCACAAAGACGACAAGGAGGCGUUGCACCAGCUUCAACGCGACAUCGAUACCAGACAGGACUGGGCCAGCCUUCGAGCUGUCUUGUCCACCGCCAUGGAUCAACUUGUCGUUAUGGCAGAUAUCCUGGCUACCACGCCUUCCCUGUGUGUCUCUGUCAAAGAGGUGUACAAUCGUUGGUGGUUGCAAGCGCAAGCUGUAGCCAUUGAUGAGGCAGCAAACAUGGACCGGGGCGACCUAGCGACCGCUUGGGGCAACAAGAUGCUGCCUCUUCUGUGUGGCGGAGAUACGGAGCAGCUUCCACCCACUGUGCUGACUGAUGAUAACUGUCUCGACGCCUCUGGCAACGUUUACAACCAGUUCUCAAACGACGGACACGUGUCAGCCCAGGGCUUCUUGAUGGCAUCCGGACAUUUGGUCUACCGUAUGCGCCUUCAACUUCGUAUGGCCAAUGGUCUUUUCGACAUCGUCGGUAAAGUCAUCUAUCCAUCCAUCCCAGUGAGAUACGCGCCCAGCUGCAACAUCGACUUGCCGGAGUUCGAAAGUGGCCAUCGUCUGGAGAGCUUCUUUAGAGAGCGCUUCCCGGAAUUGGUCGCCCCCGCGGAGGGCAAGUUCGCGCCAAUUUUCGUGCACUGCCCCGAUACAGUCGUGAAAAUCGAUUACGUCCACGGCGGUAAACAGUCCCGCGAUCAGGUUCACGCCGCCCUCAACAUGGUAUCCGAGCUUGUCAGGAAGAAGUCCAUUGACGCUUCGAAGGUGGUAAUCCUGUCGCCUUACAAGUCGAAUGUGGAACUCUUGAACAAAUGGACGCAGAAGCACUACCCCGAGCUCGCCACGAUGAGUCCCGCAUCGACCAUUGACGGUUACCAGGGCCGGGAAUCCGACAUUGUUUUUGUUGUAAUGGGCACCAAGGCCCGCGACCCUGGUCCCGGGUUCACAAAGAAACGGAACCGACUCAACGUCCUCCUGACGAGGCAGCGGUGCGGUCUCGUUAUCAUUGGCGACAUCAACGUUGUCGGGAAGAUGAACCCGAAGGACUUCGGCACCAUGCCUCAGCUGGAUCUCCCAGCUCUAUCGGAUUUCACAAUGGCGAAAGCCCCAAAGUACCUCGUGAAGGGCACCGCACGUGCUGAGGGGAGCGCCGUAGAGAUCUUGAAGAGCAUAGCGCCCGAACAAUACCGGGUCUGGCUUUUAUUGUGGCAGAGUGGCAGGGUAGUGACCAUGUCUGGCAAAAAAGCCGCGAACGAUACCAGUCACGGCGUCAAGAGAGAACAUUCUGCAUCUCCGUGUGGCUUCUUUGGAGAAGGAGAUGAGGAUGUAGACAUGGAGAGUGGUGGGGUGAAGAGUUCUCGUAUGCAGAAGAAAAUUGUUCGUCUCGUCCGUAAUGCUCUCCAAAAUACAUCCCCAGUGACCGAAAAGAGGAAGAUCAUGAUCAUCGGACUGCGACAAGUGGCCGGGUCAAGCUCUGAGUUGAUCGGUACAUUGACGGUAGGUGCUUACGUCGUCGAGAGAUGUGUAAAGAUUGUUUCUGACGAUGGACACACCCCUUCUUCGCCGUCAUUCUUUGUUCGGCACGAGGACGGUGGCUGUCAACAACCCGGGCCCCCUCCCAUUCCGGCUCGUUCCACCUAUCAACGGCAAGGAUCUUGCGCUCUGUAUCGUCCAGGAUUCCGAAAAAAGUAUCAGGCUAUGCAGCCUUAG